AUGACUGGCGCUAGAGUCACUCAUCCGCUUCUUCUCAGUCUCGCUAAUAUCCACAUGCAAACUUGCAUGAAACUCUCAUCCAGGGCCUUCCUACUCAUAGCACUCCUCCCUAUCCUGCAGUACUUACACCCUAAUCAAUGGAUGCGAGGUGUUCUUGAAGACCGCCUCAUACAUCAAUGUCUUUCCAUCGUCUUAAAGCUGUUGAUGAUUGUGGCCAAAAUUGGGAUAAUGAUGUCUGAUCCCAUCGGAAAUGUUCGCCAUUGCUAUACGCCCCUUGCAGCAUACAUUGUUGAUACCCCAGAAGUGUGUAUGCUUGCGUGCGUACACGGGAAAACCUCCCCAUUUACGAUCACAUCUUAUCUGGAGUUUGGGGACAAUUUUCGUCACCCCGAAUGUACACACCAUAUCACUCUUGAUCAGCUUGCCAAGAUACAAGUUGAUCCCAAUGACCUCAAAGGUUAUUUUGAUGCAUGCACCAUAUAUUGUCUAAAUGGUGUCCAUGCACCCUUCUGGCAAGAUUGGCCAUUUGCUUGCCCCUUGGUCUUUCUCACUCCAGAGGCUCUACAUCACUGGCACAAGCAAUUUUUUGAUCAUGACCUUCAGUGGUGCAUUGAGGUUGUUGGAGCGCAAGAACUCGACUUUUGGUUCUUGAUUUUGCAGCCAACCACAGGUUAUUGUCACUAUUCUGGUGGAAUAACGAAGCUCAAGCAAGUCACGGGCAGAGUCCACCGUGAUCUACAGCGUUACAUCGUCGGUCUCCUCAUCGGUGCAGCCCCUCGUCGAUUUGUGAUCGUGAUCCAUGCCCUUAUGGACGUCCUGCUACCUGGCGCAGUCCUCUUCUCCAGACGACAAUUUAUUGGCAUCUAUUGA